AUGGUCCCUAUAGUCUCUAAAGUUGGCGGACCACCGAUACUGUCUGCCAUGCAACUCAAGAAAGGGUUCAAGAAGGGAGAGACUACAUAUUUGGCUCUAUUACAAGAGGAGUCAACAUCUGAAAGAGAAGACGUUCCUCCCAAAAUCAAGGAAGUCCUUGAAGAAAAUAAGGAUGUGAUGCCUCCCGAGUUGCCAAAACAACUACCACCUAGGAGGAAGGUGGACCACAAGAUUGAAUUGGAGUUAGGAGCAAAGCAGCCCGCCCCAACACCUUAUAGGAUGGCACCGCCAGAACUCGAUGAGUUAAAGAAGCAACUCAAGGAUUUGCUAGAUGCUGGAUUCAUCCAUCCAUCGAAGGCACCUUAUGGCGCACCAGUCUUGUUCCAAAAGAAGCAUGAUGGUUCAUUGAGACUAUGCAUCGACUAUCGAGCACUUAACAAGAUCUUGCGAGAGAAUAACCUAUAUGUGAAGAAGGAAAAGUGUUCCUUUGCAAGGGACGAAGUCCACUUCUUGGGACACAUCAUUAAAGAUGGAACUCUCUGCAUGGAUCAAGGAAAAGUGAAGGCUAUCAAAGAGUGGGAACCUCCAAACAAGGUAUUUGAAUUGAGGUCAUUCUUUGGGUUGGCUAAUUACUAUCGGAGGUUUAUCAAGGGAUACUCCGCCAAGGCUGCACCAUUAACUGAUCUUCUUAAGAAGAACCACUCUUGGGAAUGGUCAAAAGAGUGUCAAAAGGUUUUUGAUGAGUUGAAGGCUGCUAUCACAGAAGGACCAGUACUAGCACUACCCGACUACUCAAAGGUGUUUGAAGUCCACAUUGAUGCUUCUGACUACGCUAUUGGAGGAGUUCUGAUGCAAGAAGGACAUCCUAUUGCCUUUGAGAGUCGCAAGUUGAAUGAUACAGAGAGGCGAUACACUGUCCAAGAGAAGGAGAUGACCGCAGUGGUGUAUUGUCUGAGAACUUGGCGCCACUACUUGCUUGGUUCACACUUCAUCGUCAAGACAGACAAUGUGGCUACAACCUACUUCCAAACUCAAAAGAAGUUAAGCUCCAAACAAGCUAGGUGGCAAGACUUCUUAGCUGAGUUUGAUUUCGAAUUCGAAUACAAGACAGGCAAGACUAAUGUGGUAGCAGAUGCACUGAGUCGCAAGGCUGAGUUAGCGGCCAUUUCUAUGGUUGAAGGAGAUAUUAUGCAUAUCAUCAAGGAAGGGUUGCAUCACGAUCCAUUAGCCAAGAAGUUGAUGGAGUUGGCUAAAGAAGAGGAAGCAGCACGACUAUUCUUCAAGAAUGUGGUGAAGUACUGGGGAUUGCCUAAGAGCAUCAUUAGUGAUCGAGAUCCACACUUCACAAGACGACUAUGGACAGAGCUGUUCAAACUCCUUAGGUCGGAGCUUCAUUUCUCAACAAGCUUCCAUCCUCAAACCGAUGGGCAGACUGAGAGAGUGAAUGCCUUACUUGAGUGUUACUUGAGGAAUUUUGUAAGCGCUAAUCAGAAGGAUUGGACAAAACUCCUAGACAUUGCUCAAUUCUCAUACAAUCUGCAAAGGAGUGAGUCUACAGGGAAGAGCCCAUUUGAGAUUGUGACUGGACAACAGCCGCUUACACCUCACUCUCUUUCUUCCUCUUACUCAGAGAAGAGCCCUGGAGUUUAUCAUAUGAUUAAGUCAUUGGAAGAACAAGCAGAUGUCACUCGUUCUUACCUCGACAAAGCUGCCAAAAGGAUGAAGAAAUGGGCAGAUAAGAAGAGGAGGCAUGCAAGCUAUCAAGUGGGAGACAAGAUCAUUGGACUUGUUGGAGAGGCUGCUUACAAAGUACAACUCCCUCCCUUUAUGAAGAUCCACCCGGUCUUCCAUGUGAGUAUGCUUAAACCAUAUCAUGGUCAUGGAGACCAAGACGAACCGAGUAGAGGUGACUCAAGUCGCGCUCCGCCCGUGGUAAUUAGAUCCUUUGAUAAAGAAAUCGAAGAGAUCUUAGCUAAUCGCAUUGUGCGACGAAGAGGGGUGCCACCAAGUAUCCAAUACUUGAUCAAGUGGAAAGGGCUCCCGAUAACCGAAGCUAGCUGGGAAACUCGCGAAGAUCUGUGGCAAUUCCAAGAACACCUAGAGCGCUAUCAUGAACAGAACGCGACGAGGACGUCUGCGCAUUAG